GAACUGGAAAUACAUUCGGCUACCAGGUGGCAUACAACAACAAACUUCCGGGUACAGGAACAAUAGUCAUAGUGGAUUAUCUAAAGAAAUUGACAUCAGUCAGAGAGCCCAUCUGAAGUUUCACUAUGUCUGCUUCAGCAGUAUAUAUUUUGGACAUGAAGGGAAAGGUUCUGAUAUGUCGGAACUACCGAGGUGAUAUUGAUAUGUCUGUAAUAGACAAGUUUAUGCCGAUGAUAAUGGACAUGGAAGAUGAGGGUCAGUUAUCGCCGAUAGUUCAACAUGGAGACAUUGCUUUUAUCUACAUCAAAUAUAACAACCUUUAUCUAGUGGCGUCAUCAAAGAAAAAUGCUAAUGUGGCACUUGUGUUCUCAUUUCUUCAUAAAUGUGUACAGAUUUUCCUAGAAUAUUUUAAAGAAUUGGAAGAAGAAAGUAUACGAGAUAACUUCGUGUUGAUUUAUGAACUUUUGGAUGAGGUGAUGGAUUUUGGCUUCCCUCAAACCACAGACAGCAAAAUAUUACAAGAAUAUAUAACCCAGGAGGGACAUAAGAUGGAAAUAGCUCCUCGUCCACCCAUGGCUGUCACCAAUGCUGUUUCAUGGAGAUCUGAGGGACUAAAAUACAGAAAGAAUGAAGUGUUCCUUGAUGUCAUAGAAUCUGUAAACUUGCUGGUUAGCGCCAAUGGCAAUGUGUUACGCAGUGAGAUUGUUGGAGCUAUCAAAAUGAGGGUCUAUCUAUCUGGCAUGCCGGAACUGAGGCUCGGACUCAAUGAUAAAGUGCUGUUUGAAUCCACAGGAAAAGGAGGAAAGAGCAAGUCAGUAGAUCUGGAGGACACGAAAUUCCAUCAGUGUGUAAGAUUGUCACGGUUUGAGAACGACAGAACAAUAUCAUUUGUACCGCCAGAUGGAGAGUUUGAACUAAUGUCAUACAGACUAAAUACUCAUGUUAAACCUUUGAUAUGGGUGGAAUCAGUCAUUGAAAGACAUGCCCAUAGUAGGGUUGAAUAUAUGAUCAAAGCAAAGAGUCAGUUUAAGAGACGAUCAACUGCUAACAAUGUGGAGAUAGUGAUACCUGUACCCCCAGAUGCAGAUUCUCCCAAGUUUAAAACUACAGUGGGCAGUUGUAAAUAUGCUCCAGAAAUGAAUGCAGUGCUUUGGACCAUUAAGUCCUUCCCAGGUGGCAAGGAAUACUUAAUGCGUGCACAUUUUGGUUUACCGAGUGUUGAAAACGAGGACCAGGAAGGGCGUCCACCAAUUAGUAUCAAGUUUGAGAUCCCUUACUUUACUGUAUCUGGAAUACAGGUUCGUUACUUGAAAAUCAUUGAAAAAAGUGGGUACCAAGCCCUACCCUGGGUUAGAUAUAUCACUCAAAAUGGCGACUAUCAACUGAGGACAAGUUGAGAGGAGAUUCAGUAGUGAUUUAUCCGAGACUUACUAAAUAACAACAGAGAUGUUCAGACCUGCAGUAGCAGUUUAAUUUGUGAUACUGUAAUCUCCUUAAAGUGCAAUGUUUAAAAAAAUACCAAUGAAAAUGUAUAUUGUAUUUCUAUAAGAUCUGAAGAGAAGCACAUUUUGUUUCUCCACUAAGGAGAUAAAGAAAAUUUAUAUACAUUAAUUGUGAAUCACGUACUUCUUUUCAGGUAAUAUUAUAAAUAUUCUAAUUAAAUGUCAACUAAACUGUGGUUUCUACAUUAGGCAGUAAAUCCCCAGUAAUGCAGGAGAUGAAAUAAAACAUGAAAUUUCAGCAUCAAAGUGUGUCAUUUUCCAUUUGAUGUUGAUCUAAAAAAAAAUUCUGCUGUGUUUCUUUUAUACGUGUUCUGAAUAUUUUAGGCGCUGACUGCCGCAUUAUGUUAUUUUGUUGCUUUAUUAGUCUGUUUGAGAGCACGCAUUUGAAUAAGUAAAACCAGAACUAUUGCAUUGCACAAAUACAAAAGAACUGAUAGCAAAGGAUAUAAGGUUAAAGUUAGACCAUGUUCUUGUGCCUGAAGUCGUCCUUUGCUAGAAACAGUUGGUUAAGUUUAAAACUUUCUUGAUAUAACUACAAGCUGCAAGUAUAUUUACUAGUUGCAUUUGCAGUUAACCAUAUUUUCUUCUUAAGCAUUUUACCUUUGGCGAAUCUGUUGAUAUUUUCCUUUAUUGGCUUAAGAUUAUGUUUUGAUAAAGCUUUUUUGCUGAGGAAUAUUGGCAUUUUAUGCAACCAGUAAGAAAAUUAAAUUUAAGAAAGACUGUCUCACAGGAACAUAUAACUGUGUGCCAUCAUAUAUUAAAAUUUUGACUUUAAACAUUAUGCCCUCACACAGUAAACAUAAAACCAUAAAGAGAUUGAAGAAGAAAAGAUGUAGGAUCAAACUCUUUUUCACUAGUGGGCGUCAGAUUUGAAUUUACUAGUACCUGUGUCUGUGAUUCAAGUGAAAAUAUUGCACCUAAUGUUGACUACUAGUAUGUGAAAAAAAUGUUAUUGUACACUGAAGAAAGAAAUGAAUGUAAAUUUGCAAAUGGUAAUAUAAACAAUAGGAGACUGUGUAUUGUCUAGCUCUCUUAAACUGAAAGAGCACUGACUAGAUGAGUAGAAUGCAUUCCACGUUAAACUGUUUUAUAGAGAAUCAGAUGUUUUUGUAAUGUCCUGUACCAUUUAUUUAUUCAUAUAUAGAUAUUGUUUAAUGAAUGAAUGAAAUCUUGGUCUGACCAAUGUAAUUGUUAGCAAACUAGGAAGAGGUUUUGUUUAUUAUUGUUGUGAAAAAUGACCAUACACAAGAUGUAUGUCUAACUUUGUAUCAUAUUUUGAAACCAGUCAUAAUGAAAUAAAUUAUAACACAAAAAAAUG